UUUCAGAGCUUGCAGCUCCAGGCUAGGCUCUCGGUGUAAAGGAUAGUCUGACAAGACCCAAAAAGGAAUUUCAUUUUUUCCCUGCAUGUUCUUAAUCCUUCAUGGCACUGAGUGAGUUUUGGGGUGUAUAAGCCAGUGAGUAGCCCAGUUGCCGCCUUUGCUCAUAACACUUUUUUCUCUGCAGGAUUGAGGGCCAUCUGGGCCUCGAGAUGUCCCGUACAUUUGGUUGGCUUGCUCUGUACUGUCUGUCAGUGACACUCUUCACAUGUCUCCUCUUUUUGAAGAGGGAGACAAAACCAGCUCUCCCUGGGGGCCCACGGCAGGUGGGGAGCCCUGUGGCCAGGCAUUCUUUCUGGGCACCCCCAGCGCCCCAGCGAAGCCCAUGUCUGCCCAAUUCAGUGACCAAUACAUCCACGGUCCUGCCUGUCCGUCACCGCCUCUUCCUGACCUAUAAGCACUGCCGGAACUUCUCCAUCCUACUACAGCCCACAGGCUGCCCUGCCGACACCUUCCUCCUGCUGGCUAUUAAAUCCUUGCCUGCUCACGUGGACCGCCGUGCAGCCAUCCGUAGCACCUGGGGUCGGGUCAAGGCCCAGGGUGGGCGGCAGCAGCUCAAACUUGUCUUUCUCCUGGGAGUAGAAGGAACUUCCCCACCCCCCCAGUUGUUGCUUUAUGAGAACCAGGAAUUUGAUGACAUUUUACAGUGGAACUUUACUGAGGACUUUUUCAACUUGACUCUGAAGGAGCUUCAUCUCCAAAGGUGGCUGGCUACCAGUUGUCCACAGGCUCGGUUUGUCCUCAAGGGGGAUGACGACGUCUUUGUCCACGUGCCCAACAUCCUGGAGUUCCUGGAAGGGCAAGACCCCAACCGGGAUCUCUUUGUGGGGGAUGUGAUCAGUGAAGCCCUGCCUAACCGAAACACUAGGGUCAAAUACUUCAUCCCCACCUCCAUGUACCGUGCCCGCCACUACCCACCCUAUGCUGGAGGUGGGGGAUACGUGAUGUCCCAGGCAACAGUUCGAGGGCUGCAGGCUGUGGUAGAGGAGGUGGACUUAUUUCCCAUCGAUGAUGUUUUUGUGGGGAUGUGCUUGAAGAAACUGGGAGUAAAGCCAACCCACCAUGCAGGAUUCAAGACCUUUGGGAUUCGGCGCCCCCUGGACCCCCUGGACCCAUGUCUGUACAAGGGGCUACUGCUAGUGCACCGUCUCAGCCCCCUGGAGAUGUGGACUACAUGGGCUUUGGUGAAAGACGAGGGCCUGAGGUGCGCUGCCCUUCCUGCUCCGGCCCAACAGAGUGGCUAAGGGAUCGGCUGGGAGGUUGACUGGUAGUGUUCAAAAGCUAGUAGAGGACUUUGCUAUUGGUUACUUUCUAUAAAGGCUAAAAUAGUGGAGAGCUUUUAAACUAAUGUAGAUUGAUAAUAAUUUAUAUCCUAAGAUAUAACCCCACAAAUUCCUUUUAACUUUGAACUCUGUCUCACACACACACACACACA